GGGACCAUGACGAAUGGUACUACUCGAUCAGAAGCUCAUGUAGGUCUGGAAACUUCAACAUAUGGCGAUGGAUUUGAAUGCAAAGACUGUAGAACAACCUACCCUUCUUUAGGAGCUCUGCAAAAUCAUCUUUUAAAGCACAUAUAUCCAUGUCAUCUGUGUGAUAGUAGCUUCACAAAUUUAAGACUAUUUAAGAGACAUGUGAACAGUCAUAACCUGAUCUACCCGUGCCCUCAAUGUGAGCGAGAGUUUAAAAAACGAUAUUACCUACAGGUUCAUGUGGCGAGAGUACACAGGCCUAGUGAAAGAGAUGGAGCUGGCAAGAGUGGCAUAAGCUCAACUGAGACUGUCCUGAAGGACACCAACGAACCCCAAUCCCCUGUGCAACCAAGCUCCUGUGAAUCCCCGCUGAAAGAAGAUAUUGCGAUGAAACGUUCUCUUCGGCUUAAGUGCAGGAUAUGUGGGAAAUCAUAUGCCAGGAAAAGCGACCUGACAAAGCACAUGAAUCAUGGGAAGCAUAAUCGACCUCGUCUGCAGACCAGCAGUGGCUUAAAAGUGGAAACACCAAGCCGUCAACAGCAAUCAACUAGUACUGGACAUGCUAAGUCACCACCAUCUUUAAGUGCAACAUUUAAAGGUAUUAUUCGUCCAAAGACAAUCUCAAUACAGUCCAAACCGAUCAUGGAUAGAAAUUCGGGGACACAAGGAAAUGAUCGUUCAGUGCAAGAUAGCAAGAUGAGAGAGCCGGCCACUUCAGAAUUCGAAUGCAAGAUCUGUUCAAAGAUCUUUGCCCAGAAGCGAUAUCUUACUGACCACACAAAACGACAACAUCAAGAGAAGAACAAUGAAACCAAAGUUGAAGUGCUUGAGAAGUCUAAAAGUGUGGUAUUUCAAUGUAGAAGGUGUCCGAAAAGAUUUCAUAGAAAGUCAGACCUCACAAUGCACAUGAAGCGUGGAAAGCACCCAGCCAUCUCCAAGAAAGGGAAACGAGUAAUCAAAGAUUCUGAGACAGGAGGACUUCCAAAGAUUUCCAGUAGGAAAGAAACACUGAACUCGCCUUCUUCAAGUUCAGACUUGAGCUGCAAGAUUUGCUCUAAGACAUUCUCAAGCCAAUAUCGCCUUUCUGUGCACAGGACCCUUGAAAAGCAUGAUGAUAGCAUCAGUGUAAGACAGUGCAGUAUAUGUUCCAAGAUCUUUAAACAAAAGAGAUAUCUCGCAGAUCACAUAAGGCUGUAUCAUCCAGAACUUAGAAUCAACAUAAAAGCAAAAGGAACAAAGAAGUUGGAUGGUUCAGAAAUCCAGUCGAAGGGAAAGAGUAACAUUUCGAUGCACCUAAAAGAUGGAAAGCAAGGAGAGGUCAACCAACAAGGAAAAGAUGCCGUGGUAGGUUUAGAGUUAGGAGGGCUUCCAAAGAAUUUCAAGUGUAGUGAAUGUCCAAAGGUAUAUAACAGUAAACUUUACUUUCAAAGGCACAUCACAUUAAAACAUCCAGGCAGCAGAAUGACUGAUAUGCUGAAGAAGUCUCAAGGAACAAAGUUCCAUUGCAGGAAAUGUCCCAAAACAUUUCGUAGAAAGUCUGACCUCACAAUGCAUAUGAAGCGAGGAAAGCACCAAGCCACCCUCCAGAAAGGCAAAGGGGCAAUCAGAAAGUUUGAGAUAGGAAAUGAUGGUUCAGUGCGAGAUAACAAGGUGAGAGAACCGCCAACCACAGAAUUCCGAUGCAAGUUCUGUUCAAAGAUCUUUGCCCAGAAGCGAUAUCUUACUGACCACAUGAAACGAAAACAUCAAGAAAAGAACAAUGGAACCAAAGUUGAAGUGCUUGAGAAGUCUAAGAGUAUGGUAUUUCAAUGUAGAAAGUGUCCGAAAAGGUUUCGUAGAAAGUCUGACCUCGCAAUGCACAUGACGCGAGGAAAGCACCCAGCCAUCUCCCAGAGAUACAAACGAGUAGGUCAAAGUUCAGACUUAAGAUGCAACAUUUGUUCCAAGACAUUCUCAAGCCAAUAUCGCUUUUCUGUGCACAUGGCACUAGGAAAGCAUGGUGGCAUCAGUGUAACCCAGUGCAGUAUAUGUUCAACGAUCUUCAAACAAAAGAGAUAUCUCACAGAUCAUAUGAGGAGGUCGCAUCCAGGGAUUAGAAGCAACAUCACAAAAGCAAAGGGAAAGAGUAACAUUUCUAUGCACCUAAAGCAUGGAAAGCAUGGAAAGGUCCUCCAGCAAGAAAAAACUGACGUGGUUGGUUCAGAGUUGGGAGGGCUUCCAAAGAAUUUCAAGUGUAGUUUAUGUCCAAAAGUAUAUGGCACUAGACGUCACCUUCAAAGGCACAGAUCAAAAAUUCAUCCAGAAAUGGUGAGGAAGUUACAAGGAACAAAGUUCCAUUGCACGAAAUGUCCCAAAACAUUUUGUAGAAGUUCAGACUUCAGCAAGCACAUGAGUAGCGGAAAGCAUGAAAAGGGUGAAGACAUGAACCAAAAUCAGAAACGCCAAGUUAAAUAUGAGCCUAUAGAAGCUCCAGUUAUAUCUACAGAGUCUACCUUCGUCUGUACAAAAUGUCCUAAAGAAUUUGCAAGGAAGUGUGAUCUUAAAGUGCACAUGGAUCGUAGUAAGCACGUAAAAACAAAAGAGGUUAGAAUAGAAUCAGGGUCGUCAAACCUGUCCGAAUCGCUUGCCCACAAGUGUUCUUUAUGUACUAAUUCAUAUAGCAAUAGAUCAAGUUUGUUGAGGCACAUAAAAGUAAAACAUCCAGUGCAUCAGUGUCAGAUCUGUCUAAAAUCCUUUUCCUGCAAACGUUACUUGACAGCACACAUCAAAUGCAGGCAUCCCGAGUUGCUUAGCCAAAAGUCUAACGGAAAGGGCUCGUCAGUCGAGUGUCUCAUAUGCUUUAAGUCAUUUUCAAGGAAAUAUACAUUGACUCGGCACAUGAAGAAGUGUCACUCAAGAGAUGCCCACCUCAGGGUCUAUCAAAGCAAGAGUAUCUGUAAAGAAACGCCUACUGUAGGUCUCACCAAUCACCAAUGUCCUCAAUGCCCAAAGGCUUUCCCUACUGCCUUUGGCUUGACCAUGCACAUCAAGCUCGGGAAGCACAUUAGUGUCAAGAAUCAGAGCAGAAAUACAUUUGGAAACACUCAAGUAAGGGGACCCAAAGAUACAUUCUACCAAUGUGGGAAGUGUCCGAGAGUAUUCAGUAAGCAAAGUGACCUGUCUUUGCACAUGAAACGUGGCAAGCACCCGAUCAAGGAGUCGGCGCAUACAUACUUACGAUGUCCCAAAUGCCCAAGGACUUUUUCCAGAAAGGAAUAUCUACUCCAGCAUAUGAAGAAGGGUGAACACAUAAACCAAAAUCAAAUCAUCAAGGACACUCCAAAAAUGGACACUACCAAACAAGAGGGGUCUUCAGGUUCCAAAAGGUUCAUGUGCAGCAAAUGUACAAUGUCCUAUACAAGGAAAAAUCAUCUUCAGAACCACAUUCGCUCAAAACAUCCGCAAAGUGAGAGUCAAGAGGCAGAAGUGUCUUCUCAGCAAACGAGAGCAGUUGUUUCUGGGGAAUCCAAUGGAUUAUUACCAGAUGGCAAGGAAGUACGAAUGGCAGCCUCUUCGUCAGAGAAAGGAGGUUCCUCACAAAUGGAACAAGAAGAGGCAGUGGUGUUUUCUCAGUCGGCGAGAACUGUUGUUUCUGAAAAAUCCAAUGGAUUACUACCAGAUGGCAAGGAAGUAGGAAAAACAGCAGCCUUUUCUUCAGAAAUAGCAAGUUCCUCACAAAUGGAACAAGAAGAGGUAGUGGUGCAGCCAGCGAGAACAGUUUCUGAAAAAUCCAAUGGAUUAUUACCAGAUGGCAAGGGAGUAGGAAAACCAGCGUCUUCUCCAGCGAAAGGAAGUUCCUCAAAAAUGGCAUGGAAGUGUCCAGAAUGUGAAAAAAUCUUUGCAAGCAGGCCAGAACUAAAUAGACACCAGGACACCCAUGUCUUCAUGUGCAAUUACUGCAACCGAUUUUACACAACACAUAAGAGUUUGGAGGAACAUGCCUGUGCGCAAAAAAAACGUGCUUCAUCUCCUUCUCCAGUUGCUUCCAAUGUACCAAAACCCAAGAACCCUGAGGUUGUCCACAAAUGUGAGCUUUGUAUGAAGUCGUUUCCAUCUAACGCAGACCUUGAAACACACAAAGAGCAGCACACACUCAAUGAGUUUAAAGAUGAUGCGACUACCAGUAGUGCUAGUGUGAUGCCUUCAAAGAAAACGACAGUGAUUCCGGAUCGUUUUCUAACCUGUAGAUUCUGUGAUAAGGUGUUCACUUCUUUAGAACUGGUACACAACCAUGAGCGGUCUCAUCUGUCAUCUAUGUAAAACUAGAUUGAAAUUCAGGUGUUCACUUCUUUAGAACUGGUACACAACCAUGAGCGGUCUCAUCUGUCAUCUAUGUAAAAUUAGAUUGAAAUUCAGGUGUUCACUUCUUUAGAAUUGGUACACAACCAUGAGCGGUCUCAUCUGUCAUCUACAUGUAUGUAAAACUAGAUUGAAAUUCAGGUGUUUACUUCUUUAGAAUUGGUACACAACCAUGAGCGGUCUCAUCUGUCAUCUAUGUAAAACUAGAUUGAAAUUAAGGUGUUCACUUCUUUAGAAUUGGUACACAACCAUGAGCGGUCUCAUCUGUCAUCUAUGUAAAACUAGAUUGAAAUUAAGGUGUUCACUUCUUUAGAAUUGGUACACAACCAUGAGCGGUCUCAUCUGUCAUCUACAUGUAUGUAAAACUAGAUUGAAAUUCAGGUAUUUACUUCUUUAGAACUUGUACCCAACCAUGAGCGGUCUCAUCUGUCAUCUAUGUAAACUAGAUUGAAGUUUCAUACAUUGGUUUCCAAUUUUCUGCUCUUUUAUUUGAGAAUAUUAGGGAUGGUCGAUGACAUGGUUAUCCACUUCGUCAAUUGAUCCUCGUGACAGAUUUUCAACCUUGUUUUAUUAAUUUUUGUUGCAUUUUUUUUUAUCACUUGUGCCUUAACUGCAACUAUAUAUUCUGUGUGUGUGUGUACGAUAUUUUAAUAUGGUAACGAUUCCCCCAUCUUCAUUUUGACCUACACUUCCUAGUUAAAUCGGUAACGCUUUUCGCUAUUGACACUGUACUAGAAUAUGAAGAGUCAUGUUUUUCAUGGGUGUUUUUUCUCUGGAAUUCUUUCACACUUGCAUAAUAACAAUGACAACGCUCUCACCUCUCCCCAGAACUCAACCUUCUCUUUAAGUGAAAUUAAAUGUUGUAAAUUCUGAGAUAUAUGUGUAUUUCUGAUAACUGUUUGACCAAAAUAUGUAUAUUUUGAGAAAAUCAGAAGUUUUUUGAGCUUGACUAACUGGACUUUUUUCUCCACAUUUGAAAGGGUUCCAUAUGUAUACAAUUUUGAAGAUUAGCACCCACCGCUAAUCAAUAUUUUUUUAAACAGACAUUAAUUGCUGGGCUGUUGCUGAAUGGGUGGUUUUCAUAUUAGGAUGUAAAUACAAAUGGAAUUCUUACGAUGCUAUUGUGUCAUGUAUGUUCAUGAAAAUGGAAGGAUAUUUUUGAUAAUAGACCAAAACUCAUUGUGCUAUUUUAUAUUGUUCGUCCAUUCAAAUACACAUUUAGGGCUUCCGCAAUCAGGUUGCCAAAAUUUUAAGCAUUUCGCAGCAAUGUUCGUGCGCACCUGCGCGUGGCCAGCAGAUGAUGUGUUUACUACACACAAUACUAGAAACUCCAGGCAUUGUGCAUAUAACCAGCUGCACCUGCGCAGUUUCCGAACGUUCUCUAUUCAUUUAUUUAUUUCUAAAAUACAUUCCGCUGUUCAUUAUUGCUGCUAAAGUGCCGUCAAGAUGCAUUUGGUUGGCCAAGUGUCGUGACAUGCCUGGUGAGCACGAGGCGUUAUUUAGAUUACGUAAUCCCCUGCUCUAAGCAAGUCUGUGCAGACAAUCGUGCAUACGCCAUUGCUUUCAAAGCAUUGUUCGCACUGCCCAUUUUACGUUUCCUUUUUUUUUAGUACGACAAUGAGUACUGACAAUGAGUCGUAGCCCCGCUGGUUUCCGUCAUGCAAAUGACGCCUCGCACUCAUCGUACCCUGUAGAUUUGAAGUAGCACGUGUUUACCAUUAUUUCAUACGCAUGGAUCUUAUGCUUUAGGUUUCUAUUGAUAUGUCUGUAAAUAAUGUUAAUUCUACUAACUUUAAUUAGUAAAUGUUUCAUUGCUAUAAGUAUUUUUUUCUAUUUUUACAGUUUAACCUGUCCAUAUUAAGAUCAGCCAAGGGGGAUAGAUAAAGUAACCAUUGUAGGCAAGUUACCUUUCUAGGCAGAUUCAACAACACAUUUAUUCAUUGAGGUGUUCACAAAGACAUGUUUGACUGUGCACGUCUUUCUGACGUCCUCAAAAUGAUACUUGUAUUAGUUCAUGUCUCUAAUCACGUGUGGAAUGUCCAAUGAAAUUUACCUUUUAUUCGAAUUGACCUGAUUAUGAAAGAAGAAAACAAAAAAACCCAAAGGAUUCUGAAAUAGAGAAAGAAUCCAGACCAAUAAUACGUACUCCACAGACUUGUUCGCUGUCCAUACGGGUAAUAAACGUUAUAAUAAGUAAAAGGGACUAAAUCAAAUGAAACUUGUUCGAUGUUUGUGUUUCGUGACUAUAUAUUAAAUGAAAUUGGUAAGUGUAUUUGCGAAGAUUUUAUCAUGCAAUGGACCAUUUUUGAAAUGCAACCAAAUUUAAAAUACACAUGUACGUCUUUGUAAAUUGCCUCAAGACAAAUAUUUCAUUCACCCGUAAUGAAUAAUUGAAUUUCAAUGGUCAGAAUGCAAAAUGCAUAAAUUGUAUGUUAAGAUAAUGUUUGUCCUACUUUUGAAAUACACUAAUAUGUACUCGUAAAAGAUGAAUGAAAUGUUUGUAUCGAGGCACUUCACAAAUACGCAUGCAUUACAUUUGGUUUCAUAUGUUAGGUAGCCCAGUGAUUGCGGGCAGUUUCUGUUAAAAAUUAAGGGUGAUGGAUAUUCGUCAUGACUUUAGACGGGCAUGGCUUAGAAUUCAUUCGAUAUUUUCAUUGAUUAUGUUUUUAAAUUUGCAUUUGAUAAUGUUUUUUGCCGAAUUAUCUUGUACGCUAUUCAUAUUUCAGUACAUAAAUUUCUUGGUGACUACUUUGGACUUUUACAAUUUUCGAGUUUUUUAAAGGUUCUAUGUAUAUGUGCUUCUUUGCUUAAUUGUUUAAGUUUUACUAAUGAUUUUGGUUCAGUCAAUGUAUCAAACAUGUAUAAGAAAUAAUAUAAAUUGAAAUCCGUGUUGAUAGUCGAUAGCAGAGCACUAGAGGCGAUAUUAUAGGCCUGUUAAAGGUAAA